UUUGAAAAUAAUAAUUGUCAUAUCGAAAAAAAUCCUUGCAAGAAGGAUGGGUUCUUGAUAUAAAAACCGGAGGUCUUCAUGAAAAUCGAAACAGUUUGCCAUAGGUAGCGGGUGUUACUUAACUUUGUGUUGGAAAAUAUUGAAACUAAAAGUUGAAAUGACCGAAAAAUUCUAUAGAAGAGUGGCAAUUGCUUGUAUUAUCCUGGCCGUGGUUGGCAUUAGUUUGGGUGUAGCCUUUCCCCAUUUGUUUAAGAAACUUAUUAAAAGUCAAAUCAACUUGAAACCCGGUUCGGACUCCCGCAAAAUGUGGGAGAAAUUUCCAAUUUACAUAAAGUUUUCAAUUUAUGUUUUCAAUGUCACAAAUCCGCAAGAGGUACAGGAUGGUGGCAAGCCCAGACUGCAAGAAGUGGGGCCAUUUGUGUUUGAAGAAUGGAAAGAUAAAUACGACAUUGAGGAUAUCGAAGAAGAGGAUGCCGUAGAAUUCACCAUGAGAAAUACAUUUAUUUUUCGCCCCGAUCUGGGUUUGAGCGGUGAGGAGGUGGUUACAUUUCCACAUCCCUUGGUGCAGGUCAUGGGCAUUGCCAUUAAACGUGAAAAAUUUGCCAUGCUCCAAAUGAUCGCCGAAGGUCUGGAGGAGUUGUUCAAGGCCAGAAGUGCCUUUAUUCAAGCUCCUGUAAUGGACAUAUUUUUCCGGGGCAUUGAUGUCAACUGCGACACAGAGAAUUUUGCGGCCAAGGCCAUUUGUUUGAAUUUCCAUACGGGUGCCGUAAAGGGUGGUGUGAAAGUGGACGAUACUCAUUUCAAGUUUUCGCUUCUGGGAGCGGGCAAUCACAGUGAUGCGGGACGCUUCAAGGUUUCCCGUGGCACAAAAGAUCACCGCACCGUUGGCAAGGUUCUGGAAUACGAUAACGAUGAACAGCUGAAUAUUUGGCCAGAGGAUGAGUGCAAUCAGCUGCGUGGCACUGAUUCGACCAUAUUUGCACCUUUAAUGAGUCCCAGUGAUGGACUGUGGUCAUUCUCCCCAGAUUUGUGUCGCUCACUGGGGCCACAGUUUCAAAAGAAGACAACUUACAAUGGCUUGCCAGCAUUGCGCUAUGUUAUGGAUUUGGGAGAUGUUAAGAACGAACCAGAGAACCAUUGCUUUUGUAGAGACUAUCCCGAUAUGUGUCCCCACAAGGGUACCAUGGAUUUGUCGCUGUGCAAUGAAACGCCCAUGAUUGCUUCACAGCCACAUUUUCUAAAUGCCGAUCCCAAGCUAUUGGCCGAUGUGGAUGGCCUGGAGCCAAAUGAGCAGAAACAUGGAAUUUUUAUUGAUUUUGAAAUUUUUUCAGGAACACCCCUAAGCAUAGCGAAACGUUUGCAAUUCAAUUUGGAUGUGGAACCCAUUGAGCAGAUACCCGUCAUGAGUAAGCUGCGGCCCUUGGUUAUGCCAUUAUUUUGGAUCGAAGAGGCCGUGGCGCUGGGUAAUGACUUCACCAAAAUCAUUAAGGGCAAAGUUUUCACAACACAAACCAUUGUCAACGUCUUCAUGUGGAAUACCAUUAUAAUUGGCUUUUGUGGCGCUGCAUUUUCGAUCUUCAUGAUUUCAGUUCGUCGUCAGGAUGGCCAAAAAAUAUUCGAUGUGAAAUCGUAAUAAAAUAAGAAAACAUUUAAAUUUGAGAGUUUAAAACUCGCACAAUAAUAAAUACAAAAUUA